AUGGUGAUGAUCUUAACCAAAACUCGGGAAAACAAAGGUGCUGACUCCGUAACAUGCAGGACUGAGCUGCACACUCCAAAGAUGAGUCAAGGACCUACCCUCUUCUCUUGUGGCGUGAUGGGCAGCGAAGAGUUUUCCAGGAAAGCAGCUCACUCGCAAACCGAGGGGUUCUCAUGCGACCCCCACGGCAACCCCGCAGCCCCCCCCAGCAAGCGCCAGUGCCGCUCACUCUCGUUUUCGGACGAAAUGUCGAGCUGCGGGACCUCGUGGAGACCUUUAGGCUCGAAGGUUUGGACCCCGGUUGAGAAACGGCGGUGUUACAGUGGGGGGAGCGUGCAACGCUACUCCAACGGCUUUGCCACCAUGCAGAGGAGCUCGAGCUUCAGCCUGCCCUCGCGGUCCAACCCGCUCUCCUGCGAGCAUCCCGCCCUCAGCAGCCGGUUGGGAUGCCCGCCGAGGAAAUCGGCCGCCGGCGGGCACGGAGGAGACCGGGUGGACAUGCAGAGGUCCCUCUCCUGCUCGCACGACCGCUUCUCCUCCACGGAGUAUUGCCCGCCCUCGGCCAGCAGCACACCCGCCUCCACGCCGGAGCUGGGGCGAAGGGCCGGAGGGCUCUCCCGCAGCCGCUCGCAGCCCUGCGUCCUGAACGACAAAAAGGUGGGCGUCAAGCGACGGAGACCAGAGGAGGUCCAGGAGCAACGGCCCUCGCUGGACCUCGCCAAGAUGACCCAGGUAAGAGGCGUGUUUUCCACCAUCUCUUGCCCUUCAGCUGCUCCCUUGAGGCUCCAGUGA